AUGGAGAAACAAAGCCGGAACGGGGGAUCAGUUUUGACGCGCGAGGCUCAGCUGGCUGAAGCAAAAGCUCUCUGCAUAGCUUGCCCGUCUUCAGCCUCGAGUGGCACUCAGAUUGCUGCACGAGAUAAACGCGGGGCGCUCCAGUCACAAACUUUCGGUCCCGAAUCCCCGACUCUCGAAGGCUGCCGUUUCAACCUCAGACUGCUCGGGACUCCUCACCGAAAAGCUGAUAUGCUCGGAAAUUGCUCCGCUACUUUGAACUGGCUAAGCUCGGCUGGGACUGCUACUCUCAAUCGCUCCUCUGUCCGAUUGGUGGUCCUUGGCUGCCACUCGCUAGACAGAGGCCUUCGGCUCGCCACUGCAAGGUCCGCUCGUUCAGAGUCGUCGGCUUUCCUUUCUGCCACGGUCAGCUCUCAUCAACGCUGGGAAUCUGGCGUUCUUGGUCUGGUGGUGCUCAUCUCGCUGUGA